UAAUGAAGAUAAAUUAAGAAGAAGAAAAAUAAAAGUUAGAAUUCUGGAGAAAUCUGGAGGUAGUGUCCCGAAACUUCUUUCCUCUUUCUCUAUUCUUCUCUCUGUAUAUUAUCUAAUCAAAGAUCACACCUUUAGGGUUUUACUAUUACUAUCUUCAUUCAAUCUUCUCAAUUCCUCUUCGUCUUCGUCUUCGAUUCCUUCUCUUAUUCUCAACGACUCGCUCAUUGUUUCAACUCAGUCUCAUUUCUAAUUCUAGGGAUUUCAAUAUGGUUGGUGGUGGAUUCAUGGGUAUGGAGACCAACACUGUCAGAACUGCCAAAAUGAAGAGAAAGGAAGCUGAUGAUCUCACCAAUGAUUUCUCCGACUUCUCUCUCUCUUCUCCCGCCACUAAGAUUCGCCGUUUGGAUGCGGAGUUGCCGCCCAUAAUGGAGGAAGAAGAAUCUGUUAAUGUUUUCCCUUUCCAUCCUUCUUCUUCCAUGGCUGGAGCACCAGGUUUAGGUCGUGGUCGUGGUUCUGGUGGUCCUGUAAUUCGAGAAUUGGAUGCCGUUGAUAAUGAUUAUGAUGAUAAAGCUAUUGUUCUCUUUAAGCCUUUCAAUUCAUCAAUUUUUCGUAACUCGCCUUCUUCAACUUUAUCCCUUUCAGUUGAUUCCAAUAUCAUAUCUGGCUUCAAAGAUCAAUUAAUCAGAGCAACAAACCAGAAGAUUUUCAGUGGAAAUGAGUGUCAAGCCAUUGUUCCUUGGUCACCACCAACUCAGCUGAUCCCUUCUAACUCAGUUGGAGCUGAGGAGGAUUCUUCUCAUGAACCAGUUCAUCUUCAGGAAUCAAUGGAAGCUGAGGAGGAUGAAGAGGAUAAGGAUUCCAUGGAGGUUGAGGAAGAAACCAAUCAGAUUAGUGAGGCUGGUGGUGAGGCAUUUAGUGGGAUAAGAGGAGUAGCUAAUGAGGGCAUUCAUCAAUGGCACCAUCAACAGCAUUGUAUGUUGCCUCAGCCACCUCACAACAUGUCCACUCCAAUCACUUGGUUUCAGUGAGAAAAUGACAGUUGAAACAAGCUUGGUUUUUUUUGGCUUUGGGGGAUUGGAUAAUGUUGGAUAUCAUUAACUUCCAUUUUUGUGUAGGAUAAUUGGGAGAAGGAGGAGAGGAGAUGAAUCAUGAAACAGUUGAGAAUUGAAUAUAUUUUCUUUUUUAAGUUUUUGGAUGGCUUUUGUCAGUGAAGAAAGUAGAGAAGAGUUAUAGUGUUUACUGUUUAGUCAUUCAAAACUAGAAUCUUGUUAAUAGCUAAUAGCAAAUGUAAGAAUCUUCCUCUUUUCCCUCAAAGGAUUGAUUUUUCUUUUUCAGUCAUGUAUGAUCUGAUGAUGGUAUUGAAAAAGGCUUGCACUUGUAUAAUUGAAAUGGUUUGAAUGGAUUUAUGAUCUUAUUUGAAUUC